UGUUCAGCUGGAGCAGUGGACAUCGGCGCACCUGACAACCUCUCUGCGCCCUACUUGACUACAGAUGGAUCUGACACCGGCAGCGGCACUUUUUUGACUUUUUUUCAGUCACAUUAUCACGCAACAUUUCUCUGGUAUUUAUAAUUCUUCUCACAGUCCCAAUGGAUAUCUACACCUCCACUUUAUCCCCAGCGCUGGACAUCGGCGCAGGUUGUUAUCUGCUGGUUAUAGCGGUUCUCUCCAUCGUGGGAAACCUGCUGGUCAUUAUCACGGCAGUCAAAAAGUCCUCAAAAAUGAAGCCGUUGGAGCUGUUUAGCGUGAAUCUGGCAGUGACAGACCUGGGAGCAGCUGUUACCAUGUAUCCCCUGAGUGUAGCCUCUACCUGGAGCCACCACUGGCUCGGGGGAAAUGUUACCUGUGUAUAUUACGGCUUGGCUGGGUUCUUCUUCGGCAUCGCCAGCAUCAUGAACCUGACUAUUUUGGCCAUAGUGCGCUUCAUUGUGUCCUUCAAUAUGCAGUCCCCGAAUGAGAUAUUCGGCUGGAAGAAGGUGAAGAUGUUGUGCGUGUGGAUUUGGCUCUAUGCUCUGGUCUGGGCUUUGUUCCCCAUUCUAGGCUGGGGACGGUAUGGCCCGGAGCCCUUUGGCGUGUCCUGCUCGCUUGCCUGGGGACAAAUGAAAAAUGAGGGCUUCUCUUUCGUCAUCUCUGUUUUCUUCUUCAACCUCGCCCUGCCUGUUGUCAUCAUAAUCUGCUGCUACUUUGGCAUCACCAUCAAACUCUAUUUCACACACAAAAAGGUGAUGAAUAACAGCAACCAAGUCCCAAACAUUGUCAAGCUCCAUCGAAGGAUGUUAACAAUUGCUGUGCUGAUCAGCACAGGUUUCGUGGUCAGCUGGUCACCCUAUGGCAUGGUAAGCCUGUGGUCUGUCUUCCAUGACAGUAGGGUCAUCCCACCGGAAGUCAGUCUCCUGCCAUGCAUGUUUGCAAAGACCUCCACCGUAUACAAUCCUAUGAUUUACUACAUCUUCAGCCAGCGCUUCAAAAGGGAGGUAAAGCAGCUAUGCUCGUGCCUACUCCCUAAUUCAACCAAAGCCUCCAAAGACAACUCCAUUUAUAUGGUUAGUGGUCACACCAAACUCAGAACAAACCCAGACCAUAUUUUGCAGGAGAUCUCGGAAGUCAAAGACAGUGAAAGUUCAGCCAAAAGAACUAUAGAAUAGAGUCAACUCUGUGUUUUUAGGUGCCGUUGUCCCACUUAAACCGUUGCAGCUGUCGAAGAAAUCAUCAAGUCCAGUUCAAAUGUUUGCUGUGGUGGUGUGUUUAUUAAGAAGCAUGCCGGCACACUGGUGAACUGAAGGUCACAGAGGGUAUCUGAGCCAGUGAGUUGACCAGUAGCAAAUGAAGAGAAACUCUUUUAUAUAGAAAACAGCCAUGGUUACACAACAUGUAAAUAGGGAUGGAGAAAAAGGUGGGGAAGGUAAGGGAAAGGUUUGGGCAACAAGGGUAGAGGGAAAGGAGAGGGUAGGUGAAAGGGUAGACACUUACAUGAGGUCUGGAAGUUGGAGCCACACAGACAAUAUAUAUUUUUGAUAGAACAGCUGAAGAGUGACAGAAAAUGUGGGGAAGGAGACAGAGAUGGGGAAUGAC